CGGACCCGAUCGGCCCGGCCCGGCCCUCCGCCACUCUGCGGGCGCUGCGGAGCGCGGCUAUGGCGGCGGCCCCGGCGGAAGCGGAGACCCGGCAGCGGUUGCUGCGCACCGUCAAGAAGGAGGUGAAGCAGAUCAUGGAGGAGGCGGUGACGAGGAAGUUUGUGCACGAGGAUAGCAGCCACAUCAUCUCCUUCUGUGCUGCUGUGGAAGCGUGUGUCCUGUAUGGGCUGAGGCGCAGGGCGGCAGGAUUCCUGCGCAGCAACAAAAUAGCAGCUCUGUUCAUGAAGGUGGGCAAGAGCUUUCCUCCUGCAGAGGAGCUUUGCAAGAAGGUGCAAGACCUGGAGCAGCUCAUUGAGAACGCACGAAAUCAAGUCCAGAGCAUCCCAGAGAAUGUGCGCAAGAUGCCAAAGCUGCCCAACCUGUCUCCUCAGGCCAUCAAGCACCUCUGGAUCCGCACAGCCCUCUUUGACAAGGUCUUGGAUAAAAUCGUGCAUUACUUAGUGGAGAACAGCAGUAAAUACUAUGAGAAAGAAGCUCUCCUGAUGGAUCCUGUGGAUGGACCGAUUCUUGCAUCUUUGUUGGUGGGGCCCUGCGCUCUGGAGUACACCAAGAUGAAGACAGCUGACCACUUCUGGACAGACCCUUCUGCUGAUGAGUUGGUGCAGCGGCACCGCAUCCACAGCUCACACUGCCGCCAGGACUCGCCCACCAAGCGCCCGGCGCUCUGUAUUCAGAAGAGGCAUUCGAGUGGCAGCAUGGAUGACCGGCCAUCGCUGUCUGCCAGGGACUACGUGGAGUCCCUGCACCAGAACUCCCGAGCCACGCUCCUCUACGGCAAAAACAACGUCCUGGUGCAGCCAAGAGAUGAUAUGGAGGCCAUCCCAGGCUAUUUGUCCCUUCACCAAACUGCGGACAUCAUGGCACUGAAGUGGACCCCCAACCAGCUGAUGAAUGGCUCCGUGGGGGAUCUGGACUACGAGAAGAGUGUGUACUGGGACUAUGCCAUGACUAUUCGCCUGGAGGAGAUCGUCUAUUUGCACUGCCACCAGCAAGUAGACAGCGGUGGAACGGUUGUCUUGGUGAGCCAGGAUGGGAUCCAGAGGCCUCCGCUGCGGUUCCCCAGAGGAGGACACUUGCUGCAGUUCCUGUCCUGCCUGGAGAACGGCCUCCUGCCCCAUGGGCAGCUGGACCCACCGCUCUGGUCCCAGCGGGGGAAGGGGAAGGUGUUUCCCAGGCUGAGGAAACGAAGUCCCCAGGGCUCCUCCGAGUCUGCGUCUGACAAGGAAGAUGACGAAGCCACAGAUUAUGUCUUCAGAAUAAUCUACCCGGGGACACAGUCUGAAUUUGUUACCAUUAAUGGUCAUUUCCAUCCAUUCCUUGCGUCUGUGAUCUCCAUCACUGCUGGGAGAGGGAAGGUGGUGAGGACUCCAGCUGCAAGCAAGGCGGUGGUGAUCCACAAAUGGUCUCCAGUUCUCUCCACUGUGCCCCAACCCCCCCUGGCAGCUCGGGGAGCAGCUCAGCAUCAGUUGCCCCAGGACCUGAUGGAUACCCAGGGCCCUGGCCUCCCUCCCAUAUGGCAGCCCAGCACCCGCAAGUCCUCCUGCUCCUCCUGCUCACAGAGCGGCUCCUCUGACAGUGCACCGGCCAACGGCUGCAGCCAUGAGAGAGCUCCUCUGAAGCUCCUGUGUGACAAUAUGAAGUACCAGAUCCUCUCCCGGGCUUUCUAUGGCUGGCUGGCCUACUGCAGACACCUCUCCACGGUGCGAACCCACCUCUCUGCACUGGUUAACCACAGCAUCGUGUCUCCCGACGUGCCCUGCAGUGCUAGCUCAGGACUGACUGUGGACAUAUGGCAGAAAUACCUGGAGGACAGCACGAGUUAUGAGGACCAGGAGCUGCUGCGGCUGAUCUACUACGGUGGGAUCCAGCACGAGAUCAGGAAGGCUGUCUGGCCCUUCCUUUUGGGCCAUUAUCAGUUUGGGAUGACAGAAGCGGAAAGGAAGGAGGCUGAUGACCAGAUCCGCACCUGCUACGAGCACACCAUGGCAGAGUGGCUGGGCUGUGAGGCCAUCGUCCGGCAGAGGGAGAAGGAGUCUCACGCAGCAGCUCUGGCCAAGUGCUCCUCUGGGGCCAGCUUGGAUUCCCACAUCCAGAGGAUGAUGCACAGGGACUCAACGAUCAGCAACGAGUCCUCGCAGAGCUGCAGCUCCGGCCGACAGAAUCACGUCCGGCUGCAAAGCGACUCCAGCUCCAGCACACAGGUGUUUGAGUCAGUUGAUGAGGUGGAGCAGACGGAAGCAGACACUCAGCUUGAAGAUGGCAAACAAAGCAAGAUCCCCAAUGGGACCGUCCCCAACGGCACGUGUUCCCCUGAUUCGGGUCACCCCUCUUCCCAGAACUUCUCCAUCACUUCGGGCUUCUCGGAGCGCAGCUUCAGCAAUGAGGACAGCGCUCUGGAGACCACCAAGUCCUCAGCCAGCUCACAGGGGAGGGCAGGCGGCUCAGAGCCGGCUCCGCAGGACCUGGAUGGAGCCCUGCAGGAGGAAAAGCUGCAGGGCCAGGACAGCCUGGAAGGCGAAUUUCCCGCUGGUGGAGGCAUGGACUUCAUUUCUGUGGCUGAGAGCUCGGCGGCGGUCCUGCGUGCUUGUGAUGCUGUGGCACUGACAGUGGUGGAGAGCUGGGCAGACAGCGAAGCUGAAAAGCAAAGCUUGGUGGAGAGUGAGGAUAACCUCUCUGAGGAACCAGAGAUGGAGAGCUUGUAUCCGCAGCUGGACUCGCUGGCUGUGGCUGAUCUGGCCAACAGCGAAGCAUCUCCCGUCUCCUCAACAGGUGUCACCUACUCUCCGGAGCUGCUGGACAUGUACACAGUGAACCUGCAUCGCAUCGAGAAGGACGUGCAGCGGUGCGACCGCAACUACUGGUACUUCACCCCCACCAACCUGGAGAAGCUCCGCAACAUCAUGUGCAGCUACAUCUGGCAGCACAUUGAGGUUGGCUACGUGCAGGGGAUGUGCGACCUGCUGGCUCCUCUCCUGGUCAUCCUGGAUGACGAGGCCCUGGCUUUCAGCUGUUUCACUGAGCUCAUGAAAAGGAUGAAUCAGAAUUUCCCCCACGGCGGAGCCAUGGACACUCACUUUGCCAACAUGAGAUCUCUGAUCCAGAUUCUGGACUCUGAGCUCUUUGAGCUGAUGCACCAGAAUGGUGAUUACACCCAUUUCUACUUCUGCUACCGAUGGUUUCUCCUGGACUUCAAGAGAGAGCUGGUGUAUGAUGAUGUGUUCGCCGUCUGGGAGACCAUCUGGGCAGCUGCACAUGUUUCCUCUGCACACUAUGUGCUCUUCAUAGCUCUGGCUUUGGUGGAAAUGUACCGGGACAUCAUCUUGGAGAACAACAUGGAUUUUACAGACAUCAUCAAGUUUUUCAAUGAAAUGGCUGAGCGGCACAACACCAAGCAGAUCUUGAAGCUGGCUCGAGACCUUGUGUACAAAGUGCAGACUCUGAUCGAGAACAAGUGAAGGACCUGGGGAAGACGAGGCAUCCAGACAGAGAGCUGGGACUCCCCUCCAAUGCUUCCUCUCCCUUUUUCUUGACGUGCCACACCAGUGGAAGUGAGGUAUUUGGCCACACGCUGCUGUCUGAACUGGCAGUACCCAUCGCUCUGCAAGUGCUGUGCUCAGUGUUAGGGCCGGGGGCUCCGGUUCAGAUCUGCACAGCGUUCUCCAAUGACUUAACCAAAGAUCUGUACAAUUGUGUUGCAUUGCUAAAGACUUGUUUUGGAGGUAGGGCCCGGCAGCCGCUUCCUGGCCCUGCUGCAGUGAAGGUGCAGCACUUGGUUACCACCCCAACUGCAGAAGCAGUUGCCAGCAUCCCAGGUCAGCGCUGGGGAUCUGGGAGAGCAGGGCUGCCAGACCCAGGCUCUGCAGCCUUUGUUUUGAGGAAAUAAAGCUGCUUCCUUCCAUGGCCAUUACCCAUGGUGUGGAGAAUGCAGCCAGCCCUGCGAGCCCAGGCAAGACAGGGAUGCUGCCAGCACUCAGUUUCUUACUAACAUCUGAGGUUCUGCCAGUAGCAGAGAGGGACUUCGAUCACAGAAAUUCCUCUUCUUUUGAUCUCGUCCCUUGAUGCAUUAGCAUCCCCUUUAGUAUUUUUAGGGCUCUGCUCUCUCCCUUGGAUUUUUACAUUGUUUGUUACUAUGGUAUCUGAGCACACAAGAGUUUUGUCUGCAGAUGGAUUUUUGGAAGAGCUCCAAAUUCAGCAUUGGGUUUCUCUUUCAAAAUUCAGCCUCUGUAAUGCCUCUGAACACCGAGAUCUGCUCCUGGCCUUGUCUGGGAUCUCCAGACACCAGGUUUUUGUACCUGCCUUAUUCUAGCUGCUUGUGUUAGGGGUCUGCUCUCCUGCCUGUCCUUCUGCAACCCACAUUAGGGCAGAGCUCCUUGAAAGGCAAGUGGGAGCUCCUGACCUAGUGGCUGUCCUGACUCCCCUCUGAAGGUGCCUGUCUCUUCCUCUGUUAGCUGGAAGAGUGGCUGCUUACAGCUGAACGGUGCAAAUGGUCCCUCUGGUGCCUGCAGGUUUCUGUGUGCUUAUGGGGCUGCUCGGAAAGCCCCCUGAGCCCAUUGAAGGUCUCCAGUUAGGUCGUGGUGGGCUGUUUUUACCCAACGUCUCUGAGUGGUCUUUGCUUUUGGAAGAUGCAUUGCAGCCACCUUUCCUGCAGUGGCUCUCCAGCAUCGCAGCCCUGGAGCACGCUGCAUGAAGUGCCUCUGUAGCACUGCCAGCACGGGGCUGAGCGUCUGUGUCGUGCAAUGUCUGCGGUGUGGAUUUGGAUUAGGAUUCAUUUCUCAACUCAGGUAAAAAAAAAAAAAAAAAAAAAGGAGGAAAAAAAAAAAAAAAGAAGAGGUGUUGGUGAUGGGAAGGUCUGUCUCAGCCAGAGAAGGCUUUGCCAUGGCCACAGAGAGCUGUCUGGAAUGCAGGGGAGAUGCUGGGCUGGAGCUCUGUGUAAGGGAGUUUCUCUCAAGUCUGGCUGCAGAAAUAUGUGUUCCCCUCCCUGUGAUGUGUGCGCUCUGCCCUCCACCCUUCUGGGCAAUAGGGCCUUGCUCUUCUGCUGGAGAGCUGCUCGCCAGAAGGGAAAAAGGGCCCUUCCCUUCUUCUGUGGAACGUCUGUCUGGGCCGACUGUGCUCCGUAAUGACUUACGGCAUGUGUUAGAUGUUGCUUGCAGAAAAAGGACAGGCAGACAGCUGCAGAGAGAAAGCUUCAGGAGAGUUCUGCACUGAAGGAGUUUGCAGUGUGAGCAAAUCAGCCACAGCCACCCUGCAGUGCUGGGAUGCAGAGGUUGCAGGGAGCAGCGGUGUGCACCGAAAUCUGCAGGAGGAGGAGAGCAGCUGCAGGUUUCCAUGCCAAUCUCUUGCCUUUGCAUAGAGCAGAGCUGGAUGCUUGUGCCCCUCCCAGAUUGUUCCUCUUCUCUCUGGGUCUUGGGGUAGAUGAGCGUCUGCCUGCGUGGCCACUUCCAAAGGGGAAGGGGAGUGCUCUGCCCCAUCCCCUCCAAAGGACAGGAGCCACUAUGUAACUUAACAUGAUCCUGACAAGCAGCAUCGCUGACCCUUUAUCCUUCAUGCUUCUGGUUUUUCUUUUCUUGGUUUUCAAACAAAAACAGCCAAGAAAUUCUGCACAAUAUUUGCUGUCCGUGUGAACAGAGUGUCUUUGGGCCACUCGAUAGCAAUGUUUGUUUUGUUUUUUUGAAUAACUUUUGGGGAGGAAAAGUAUUUAUUGAUUGUACAUUCCUGUGUGUCUGUGUGCACUGAAGUGUGUGAGCGUGCGUUGUGAUGCAAAUGGAGAUGUAUCUUUUCAAUGUUGCCAACAUAUCUUGUAAAUGUUUACCAGAGAAUAGUGUCUAUAUAUUAUAUAUAUAUAUAUAUAUAUGGUAUAGAGAGAAAAUAUAUGAAUUAAGUGGGUUAUUUUUUGAGAAGGGAGAAGAAAUGUGUUGCUUCAAAGAACUGUGUGGUGUCUUUGCAGCUGUCCCGUGCUACACCCCCAUCCCUGUGCUGGUGUGUGCAGAGGCACUGCUGUCCCCAAACCUUGGCUUGAGUUUAGCUCUGAUUUUCCAACUGUGGAUAAGAAGGAAAAACGGAGCGUGGGGGGGAAGCUCUGCUCAACUCACGUGGGCAGAGCUGUGCAGGGCUGUGUCUGCCCUGGAUUGACAUGAGUGCACAACGCAGAGCUGGGCUCUGCUGUGAGUUGCAGAGCAGCUGGAUAGUCCAAAGAAUACAGCCAGCCAGGUUCUGUGUCAAUGGCUACUAAAGUCACUCUCCUUUGCAGCUGAGCGAGGAGCAGCCUGCUGCAGGGCUGCCUGCCCUUAUACAGCCAUCCUGUCCUGCUCCUCGGGUGAGGAAUUCUCCAUCCCAGCAGCACCCUGAGCUGUGAUUCGCCCCAUGCGAUGGCUGCAAAGCUGAGGGCUGGCCUUGUGCUCCCCAGCUCUGAGCAGCUGCAGUGCUGCGGGUUGCAUUGCCUGCUGCUGGAGCUCAGCUCGCAGCUGAUCCCAGUGCAUUUAAGUGCAAUGUUUGGAUCCUGGCCUGCUUUCCUGCACUGAGUGUUUCCGCUGCUAAAUAACUCUUGGUACCCAUCUCUUUCAGUGUUGCUGAUGUGAAUGCUAUGUGAGUCGUCUUUGUUCCUAAGUGAGUGAUUUUUUAGAGGAGUUUCGCUGCGUUGGGUGUCUGAAUAGCUUUGCUUCUGACAUUUUUCAUGAGGAUUGAGAGAGAUUUUUGCCUGGGAGCAUCCUGCUGCUUCCCUGUUCUGCUCCCAUGCAGAAUGUCCCUGAACUCCCACCCACAGCCCUCACUGUGCCCACAGUGUGAGGAUCGGCAGUGCUUUCCCCAUCCCUAUAAAUCCCACACAGAUGACCAGGAGCAAGGUCACAGAAUGAGACUCUACUUCCUACCUUCUUACUUUACUCACAGUUAAGCAGCUGGAUGGCCAGUUUUCCUUUCUUCCCUCAUUUCUCUGCAGUGGGAGCAACAGUCCCAGGCUCAGUGCUGCAGACCCCACUGUUCUGCCUAUGGCAGAGCCCUCUGCUCCAUGUGCCCACGGUGGUUUCCUCAUAACACUUGUCCUAUGUCUUUGGGAAUUUUCACUGGUCCCAAGCAGUUCUGAGCACAUUAUUUUUUGGCAUUCUGAUGUUGCAUGAGCACCAAUUGGUGGAAGAGCACAAUCUGCAGAUGGAGCGACAAUUUCUGGCAAGGUGGACGUCGUGUAAGUCCCACCAGAACCUGAUUUCAGAGCUCUGUUGCAAAGAUGUUCAGAUAUCCUCAAGCUGAUGAAAUGCCACUUAGUGCCAUGUGCUGUUUUGGGCACUCAGGUAUCCUUGCUCAAGGUCACUGUCCUUGCUGUUUGCACACACUGCUGAUGGGGACACCUGACGUCCCUGUGGUCCACCAUUUCACUCACCAGGUUUAUGUUUAUGGCACUGUGGGCCAAAGCUGAAAUUGCUUGGGAGCUGCAGCUUCCCACAGCCCGGGGUGCUUGGGUUUGUUCUGAGCUGUGGCUGACCCUUGAACUUCCUGGAGAAUGCACCCUGUUGGAAUAGCUGUCUUGUUCUUUCAGCGUGCUCUAAUUUUAGAUGAAUGAUAAGCAUGUUUCACCUUAAAGUCCAGUUCAGCCCUUUAAUAACUUCCUUUUAGAAACUGAUUUUGCACAUGGGGACCGAGCAGGGACAGGCAGAGCUGUGCCUGUGGGUCUGAGAAAGCCUGGGGGCACAGAGCCCCUGCAUGGGGACGGUAUGUUGUGUAGGAAUGGGAGAAUGCUGAACGGGGGAACUCCCAGGAAGGGGAAAACCCACCUGGGUGACACCUUAGGCCCACAGUUGUCACCUCCCUCGUGCUGGGACCCCUGGGGUGUGAAUGUCUGAAUGGAAGUGGUGUGCCAGUGUCAGACUUCGUGUUGCCCUGCACUGAUUGCUGCUUUUCCAUGUUGGAUGCCAUUUUGGUCUCUGGGAGUUGCUCUUUCUGAGGUUAACGAGCACUAUAGCUUUUAAUAUAUUUGUAGAAGUGCUGCUAAUGUUCUUAGAUGAUUUAAACUCCACACUGUGGUGUAAUAUCUGUUUUAUAUUAUUUUAUUCAUGCUUUUUUUUUUU